CCGAAAAACUCAAGCUUUAACAACAAGAAAAACGGGAAGAAGAAAAAAACAUUUAUUCCUCGUGCUUUUUAACACAUCACCAUCCUUCUCUCCCCAGCUUUUCGUUUUCAAAGAUCAAAAUAACCAUUUUCUCCUCCUACUCCUCCUCGUAUAAAUAAAUACAUAUAUUCCUUAGCUGAAAAGCAUCCCAAUUUCGGUUAACCCUUAAUGAAAUUGUAAACUUAAGUUAAAAGAUCGAGGUCAUUUGAUUUCAAAAUCAUCAUCUGGAAAACCCAAAAGCAGAAGGGGUCAAAACAGUUGGAUUCGUUUGUUGUUUUUGACGGAAGUAUGUCGUGUUCCUCGGAAUCUACGGGUUUGAAACCGGCGAUGUUACUGGAGAAACCAAGCUUUGCCCAAACUUGUAAUUUGUUGAGUCAGUACUUGAAGGAGAAAGGUAGCUUCGGAGAUCUAUCUCUGGGAAUGACAUGCAAGGUUGAAACUAACGGGACCCCACAGGUGCCGCCUACGACUAUGAAUUUGUUUCCGGUCGAUGACAAGUCCGGCGAUGUUUGUGGCCGAAGCAAUGGAGCUCCUAGGAACUUGGGAUCUAUGGAUUUGUUCCCCGAAGGAGCUGGUUUUUCGGCACUGGCUCCUAAGGACGGUGUUCGGAAAAGGGUCAAAUGGAGUGUUACUAACACGAAAAAGUGUGAGCCUCAAACUGCACAGAUGAGCAUCUUUUAUGGUGGACAAGUGAUUUCGUUUAAUGAUUUCCCAGCUGACAAAGCUAAGGAAAUCAUGCUUUUAGCUAGCAAGAGUAGCUCACAAACCAACAGCGUCAAUCCCACCCCUUUUACUUCCAGCAGAGCAACAAGUCCAAUUGAAUUCAGCUUUGGAGUUCCUCCCACCUCGAAAUCGGUUCAACCUGCUCAGAUACCCGUUCCUGGCGAUCUGCCAAUGGCAAGGCGAGCUUCACUGCAUCGGUUCCUAGAGAAGCGCAAGGAUAGGAUCACCUCGAAAGCACCAUACCAGAUAACUAGCUCCGCGGCAUCACCUUCCAAGUCGGGCGACAGCAUGUCAUGGCUGGGCUUGGGUGCUCCAUCACCAUAGUAAUCUAAACCAUUGUCUGAACUCGUGUGUUUUUUCCAGGCUUUUCUUAGGCCUUGUAUCCUUUGUUCUCUUUUUUCAGCAGGGCAGGCCUGCUGUUUU